AAAAAGAAGGCCGAUGAAAGAUAUCUCCUAUUCUUAUGUUCGAUGAAAAUGGAGUUAUAGAUGAACAAAAUGUCCUUACACAUGGACUUGGUAGAACGUUUUAUCUCACAUGUAGCGCAUCCUCAUUUACAUCUAAUGCACUGUCAAUCAACUGGUGUGUUAGAAAGACAGACACUGCAAAGUGGAUCAAAGUUGCUACACAGGAAGAGGAAAUGACGUCAUCAGCAAACAAAAGUGGAGAAUAUAUAGUGUUUAGUAGAAUUACUUAUCACGUAACGGAGUACAACAAGGUUCUGCACUUUCUCUGUGAAAUUCCUCUGUCAUCCUCAAGCUCAUGUGGUUUAGGAUCAAGUUUUACCAGUCUUUCAUUAGUAACAAAUGCUAAACAAACUGCAACAUCCGACUUCUUUUUUCAAGAUUCAGAGGUGUGUAUAACAUUAAUUCUGUGA